AUGGCUCAAUCGAAAGGCAAACGAGAACGGGCGGUCAGCGAGGGAAAUGUCUACAUCCAGGCGACGUUCAACAAUACGAUCGUGACGAUAACCGAUCUGAUGGGCAACGCGGUGUCGUGGGCUUCGGCGGGAUCCCUCGGGUUCCGCGGUGCGAAGAAAUCCACGCCGUUCGCGGCGCAGACCACGGCCGAGACCGCCGCGCGAAAGGCGAUGGAUUACGGCCUCAUGGAGGUCAACGUGUUCGUCAAGGGUCCCGGCGGCGGCGGCGAGUCGGCCGUACGAUCGCUCGGGGCGCUUGGCCUGCGGGUCCGCACCAUCCGGAACGUGACGCCGAUUCCACACAACGGCUGUCGGCCGCAGAAGAAGCGGCGGGUGUAG